UAUUAAUAUGGAAACGGAAGAGGAAGAGCCAGAACGUAAAUCGAAAACUGAAUAUUUUAAAAUAUUUGAAAGAAAUGUUUCAUUACCAUCUGAUAUACGAGACGUGUUAGUAGUAGGUGGGGGAAUAGCAGGUCUGACAUGCGCGUAUAAAUUAAUCACUACAGAUGAAAGCUUAAAUAUUCAAAUUUUGGAAGCAAACACUGUCAUUGGUGGUCAGGUUGGAAACACUAAACUUGGAGAUAUAGGUGGUAAAUGGUUUAGUGAUAAACAGCACCAUAUACGAAGUCUUAUGAAACAAUUAGGUGUACCAGUACAAAAGAGAGAAAUAAAGCGUCCUGACCUACAGCGCUGUUGGGAUAUUGACCAAGGUGUUCUCUCUUAUCUGGUAAAAUUCGAACUUAAUCGCUAUAUAGAUGAAUUGGAAUUAACUAUAGGUUAUUUUAGACCAGGCAGUUUUGAUGUGGAUCAUGAGUCCCGCUCAAUGUAUUCAAAUAUAUGUAAUCGACUUUUUUUCAACAAAUCACGGCUUUUUAUGUCCAAUGUAGUUAGAAUCGUUACUGGGGCAGAUGCGCGACAAGUUUCAUACCUGCACUUUAUGAGCAUCUGUUACACUUGUGGAGGACUUUUAAAUAUAAUAACUUUAUACUUUGAACAUCCUGAUACAUUGCUGGGGCUUCAAAGUCAACAAUUAUUUGAUCAACUUACUAACAAAAUGAAAUAUGUGAGAUCGGAGUUUAAUUGUAAAGUGACAUCAAUAAGACAGAAUAGACGUUGGGUUGAAGUAACAUGUGCGGAGCAACCAGAAAAAUAUAAUGCCCGAUUUGUUGUCAUAGCCAUUCCAUACAACAAAAUAAAUGAAAUCUCUUUUGAACCACCAUUACCAGAAGAAUUCACUCCACAUUGUGUGGAAACGAAACCACAUUUUAUUACAUGUUUCAUUGCAAAAUAUCCUGAUGGUCAUUGGCGUGAGAAAGGCUAUUCAGGAAGUUUUGUUAGCGGUGAUCCAUUUAUUAUUGGUUAUGAAUAUAAAAAAAAUUUAUACUCAGGCAUUAUAGUACAUGAAGAAGGUUUGGAGGAUUCACGAAAUGUAGUGCUGCAAGCACUUUCAGUACAUUUCGGACGAAAAAUGUUGAAACCUAUUGAAUAUCAUGAAAAGAUGUAUGAACUGACAUGCUUACCAUCUAAGCCAUUCACGAAACCAUUUAAACGCAUUAUUUGGUCAUCAUCUUCAACUUCUGCAACAUGGUAUCGCGGUUGUUUGGGCGGUGCUGUGCAAAGUGGCAUGCGAGCGGCAACAGAUGUUAUGUAUGCCCUCCGUCCUCAAAGGUUAUCUUACCAUCAUCUAUCUGAUGUUAAUCACCGAUGCCAUGAAUUCAAAAUCAGAGUAAGUGAGUAUGAAGUGAUGAAGAGUAAACUUAAUUUGUACAACGUUACCUAUUAUGGUCUCUUCGCUAGUUUUGUUGUAGUCUCGCUGGUAAAACUCUCCGGAAAAAUAAAAACAUAA